AUGGCAUUAAAAUACCCACUCGGGUACGAUGACGAAAGAUUCGAGUCGAUAGUGAACCAAAAUUUCCACUGUUUGAUUUGCUAUAACGUAUUGAAAGACCCCGUGAUGUGCCGCAGAAACGAGCAUUAUUUUUGCCACGGCUGCAUCGCGGAACAUCUUCGUAGGAAUUCCCAUACAUGCCCAACGUGUGCUGACGAGCUGAGUGUCGAAACAUUGCAAGACGUUCCAAGAAUUGUGAAGAAUUACUUAAACGAACUAAGUAUACGUUGCGAUCAUUACGACAGAGGAUGUCGAGAACUCGUACAGCUGCAGAAUUUAAAGCGACAUAUCGCCGAAUGCGGGUUUACUCCAGUCGUUUGUGGAAAUCAAGGUUGUGGUGAGACAAUCAGUAAAAGAGAUCGUACAUAUCACGAGAGUGAACUGUGUCAAUUUAGAAAGUUGAAGUGUCACAACUGUGGAGAAAUCAGCACGAUGAUGGUAGGAAUGAAAACGGAAAUGGCGAACAUCAACACGAAAAUAGCGAACAUCAGCACGAAUCAGGCGGAUACGAAAACGAAAUUGGCAAACACGAACACGAACAUGGCAAAUGUUAGAGCGGAAAUGGCAGAU